GUAAAAUUGUGAUACUUUUGAAAGCUCACAUACUAAAUUAUAGUAUGAAAUUGGCGUGUAAGAGUCCAGUUUUAGGGUACAAUUUAUUUAAAACAAGGCGAAAAAAAAGUUAUAGCUAAGUUGGUAUUAACCGUAACUGUGACCUUGUAUUUUUGCUGGUGACUGGGUGACUGGUGUUGAGAAUUGUUAUGGCGUCUGUCAGGCUGCAAAAAAAUGUUAACUCAAUAUUUUUUUUCUCUGCCGAAAGAAUGGCACGGAGCAAUGGCAGUUGUUUUAUUUCGUGUGUGCAAGUACUUUCAAGCUUCUAAGAAUUUGUUAAAAGAUUUUUUUCCGAUCAAUUGAUCUCUGACAGCUUCAUAUUGGAAACUUAGAUUGCACAUCGCAAGUUUUCUGUGCCUCCGGUGAUUUUGUUAUUUAUUUAUUUAUUUAUUUAUUUACGAUUGAUCAUCCUGGCGGACAACGAUAAGUUCGUAACUUAUCCAGGGGCUUAUCAGCCUUCUAGGAUGCUUCUGUCUGACUCGCCAGAUCUUGAUUUUGUUUAUGAUGAUGCUGAUGAACAUGCCAAUGAAAUGGCUGAGUUGUAUUCGUAUACUGAAGAAUCUGAAUUCUUUCAACAGAAAAAAGCAUUUGAAGAUUCAAUGACUGAAUAUGGCCUACCUGUUCAGUGGACAGCCAUAAUGGAUUCUGAAAAGGAAAAAGCGAUUUUACAUCUACUGGACUCCAUUGAGCAUUCGCAAAGAACCGUUAGGAUGCGAGCCGCUUCAUCUAUUUUAUAUCUUGUGCAGGGUGUUUUCACUGAAUGCCUUACUCUUGAAAAUCAAGCCCAGCUGGCUAGAGCAAAUGUUUUUCUUUUGUAUCGAUAUGGUGUAUUUUAUACAUUUAUUCAACUUCUCAACAUGGAGAUUGAGAACAGCAGUGCUGCAACUUCUGCUUUAAGAAAACCAGCUGUUUCUUUGGGUGACUCCACAGAUCUGAGAAUAAUUUUGAAUGUACUGUAUACCUUUGUUGAAGUGUUACGAGUUCCUGCUGAAAGUGAUACAGAUGAAAUGAAGAGAACUAGAGAGAAUUUCCACAACGAAAUUGCACUGCCGCUUUGUGGAGAAGAUCUCUUAGCACACACUUUAUUCCAAAUGGUUACCAGAUUUUGUAGUGGGAGCACUCCUCAUUUCCCUAUAAAGAAAAUACUUUUGCUUUUAUGGAAGACAAUUUUGGUAUCAUUAGGAGGUACUGAGAAACUUCGAAAUCUGAAAAGCUCAUAUAGAGCUGAGGCUGGUUUACCUCCUGUUCCAGACGAUACUAUAGAAGUUACACGUACAAUGAGAGCUGCAUCACCUCCAGCUUCUGCUGCAGAUUUAAUUGAAGCGCAGCAACAAAGGAAGAAUAACAGGCCUUUUAAAAGACAAGGACUAGUAAAACAAAGUAGCAUGGAUGAUUCUUUAGCAAUUCAAGAUUACGAAACAGACUCAUCAACAGAUGAUGAAUUGCGCUAUAUUGAAGAGCACGAAGAAGGGGCAUCAGAAAGAGACGACGAAUAUAGACCUCCUACACCAAGGCCAUCCACCCCUCUUCCAUCUUUGUCAGAUCAUGGCCAAAUGGAGAAGAAAGGACUCCCAUGGUUUCCUAAAGUUCGUCCAAGAGAUAUUGAUGCAUUUUUAGAUCAUACACGAAAUAAGUUCCUUGGUUUUCAACUCAAUAAUGAUCAAACAUCACUUGCUGGAUUACCAUUGCCUAUUCAUGAAGGCUUGAAAGUAUUGAAAGAACAUAUGUAUGUUUCUUUGUCUGAAGUUCAAAUCAAACGUGAGGAAGACAUUGCAAAACUGCCUCUAUCAAAGAUGGAGGAAAAUAUUCCUGAAACGUCAGUAGAGAUGCUCUACCGUUCAAUUCUUCCUAGUCUACCUCAAUAUAUGAUUGCUUUGCUUAAAAUUUUACUUGCUGCCGCCCCAACAUCAAAAGUCAAAACGGAAUCCAUUAAUAUUAUGGCUGAUGUUCUUCCUGAAGAAAUGCCAAUGACAGUAAUACAGAGUUUGAAAUUAGGUAUAGAUGUUAAUCGCCAUAAGGAGAUUAUUGUAAAAGCAAUAUCUGGAAUUCUUCUGCUAUUGUUGAAGCACUUAAAGAUUAAUCAUGUUUAUCAAUUUGAAUACAUGAGUCAACAGCUGAUGUUUGCCAACUGCAUACCAUUAGUCCUCAAAUUUUUUAAUCAAAAUAUAUCGUCUUAUGUUGGUGCUAAAAAUACAAUAUCAGUCAUUGAUUUUCCUGCUUGUGUUAUUGGAGAACAGCCGGAAUUAACUGAAGAGACUCUAGAUAUGGGUGAAGAUGAGCCAUUUUGUUGGAGAAAUCUGUUUUCAUGCAUUAACCUGCUGAGACUGUUAAAUAAACUCACUAAGUGGAAACAUUCUAGAAUAAUGAUGCUGGUUGUUUUCAAAUCUGCUCCGAUUCUGAAGCGUGCAUUGAAGGUUAAGCAUGCCAUGAUGCAGCUUUAUGUGUUGAAGCUCUUGAAAAUGCAAACUAAGUAUUUGGGUCGACAAUGGCGCAAGAGCAAUAUGAAAAGCAUGUCAGCAAUUUACACCAAAGUUCGGCAUAGAUUGAAUGAUGAUUGGGCAUAUGGAAAUGAUCUGGAUGCCCGCCCGUGGGAUUUCCAAAAUGAAGAAUUUAUCUUACAAUCAAAUAUUAAUCAUUUUCAUAAUAGACGUUAUGAUAGGUCUGGUUCUUUAUGUAAUGAUCCAGAUUAUCAGUCUGUAGAUAAUAAUGUGCUAAGUGUUUUAGGCCGUGAAAUAGAACUAACUGAUGAUUUUAAAUAUCAUUAUGAAUCCUGGUUAAAAAGGGAAGUUUUCCAACUUUCAACAGAUUGGGACCAACUUCUGAGUUACCAAUAUGUCUAGCCUUUGAAUUUUGAUAUUCUCAUUUUGUAAUUAUUGUAGUAUGGCAAAAAGAAAUGAAAUAAAAUUUGUAUAUAUACACAGUUCAAUUUAUGAAGAAAACUGACACUGCCAUACUUUGCUUUGAGUACUUAUUGUAACUGCACAUUCAUCUGAGAAAGCUUAACCUGUCACUUGUUGUAUAAUUUAUAUUCAUAUCAUAGAUAAACUCAUCUUUCAGUUUUUCGAUAUUUUGUUAUGAACAUGCUAAAAGAUUUUCUCUUUUCACUGAGACUGCUGUGGAGCAAUUUUCUUUCUUCUUGCAGUAACUUCUCUUAUUUAAAAUAAUUACGAACUGACCUGCUUGCGUUUGAUUUUAAAAAGCUAAAUAAUGUGUAUACAUAAAGUCACAUAUGCAGUAAUAUAGCAAAAGCUUGAAAAAAUUUAUUACAUACAUAAAUGUUUUUUCAUAUGUUGACUGCUACAGAAUAAAAAUGCUUCUGAACACUUUUAUGGUUAGAAGCAUGUUGUAAUAUAUUUUUGUAUUGAAUAAAAUACUUUGAAUUUUA